AUGUGCCACGGGGACCAUUUACCUCCGAAGUACACUGCAUUGAAUAAGCAUGCAGAAGCGUUACAGCUUUCUCGCCACUGCUUUGCUGCUCCUAUUCCCAAUCGCGAAGACUAUGAAUCACAUGAUCAGUACUUUGAAGCCUGUGAUCUAUGGAAUGACUUUGUCACUGUUGGGAAGAAGAUGGACUCUACUGACAACAGACUUGAUUACAUAGUGGCUGCAAAUGACCUGCGCGAUCUUAUCCCAACAUGGCGAGCACAGUUAUCAAACACUAAGUUACACUCAUUUUCAUUAAGCCAUGCGGAUCUGAGCGCAAAUAAUACCUUUGUCGACGAUGAUUUCAACAUCACAUGUAUCAUCGACUGGGCGUUCUCAUCAACUGUGCCAGGAGCCUUGAUGUUGGCUCCUCCUGCCCUGCCCCAGUCACGCUACGAGCUGGACGACUACCUUAUUCAAGCCUUUCGAAAUGGGGUUGAAUUGGCCAUCACGGAAGACACGCGUAAUGAACAGUCAAAAUCUAAUAAAGUCGCCCUUGAGAUCCUACAACAGAGCAGGUUCGCUUGGCUAUUGUCACGGUUGCCCAACUAUGACUCGACUGAUGACCACCGUCUCUUUGCUGCAAUCUGGCGACAUAUCUAUGGCCAAGAGAAGGACGCCAGUUCUCAUUAUACCGAGAAGCGAUCGUCCUCAAGCUUUAUCGAGCUAUACAAUGGCAUCCGUCUGGAGGACCAGCCAAUCCAGAAGAUUACAAAAGGCAGAGCGGGGUUACUUUCGGGGUAA